AUGUGUGGCAGCUGCCUUUUCUGUGAAGAAUUCUGUUUCGACACGACUUCCCUUGCUAUGGCUUUCAGACUCAAAAGACGAUGGCAUAGUUUAUCCUCACGCAAAAGGAAGACGAACGAUUCUAGAAUGAAAAUAGAUGAAGCUCUGUGAUGUGCGACUGUGAGUACUCUUUUAUGUUGGGAGGAGUUUCUGAAGUUCCAGGCGAUUGCUCGGGGAGUUAGUUGACGGCAGUACAGGAGUACACAGCAGAGAGUGCGAGGUUGGGAGUCCAGCACUAUUUGCCGAUGGGCUUGCAAAUAUACCCUGUCGCCAAUACGUGGACCUCCGUGAAAGUUAUAGGCUUUGUCAACAUCAAUGCAAGUCAUGCAAAAGACUAACACGCAGUUAGUUGCUUAAAUAGCUAUCCUCUACGA